UUGUUUAAUCCUAAUAUUUCACUUAUUUCAGUUCAACAUGGGAUCUGUUCGAAUUGUUUUCCUUGCUCUUUUCUUGCAGGUGUGCAUUGGGGACCCUGCACCCAAACCUCUUGAUACUGUAAAUGUUCACUUUCAUUUAAAUGAUGAUUCUUCAGAGUCUGAAUCUAUGGAACAUGGAGGUAACAGACGCGGUUAUACAAAUGAAGGAAGCAACGAUGGAGGUGACUAUACAGAAACGGAAAAUAGAAUGAAUAGAAGAAUAAAUAGAAUGAACAGAAUGAAUAGAAUGAAUAGAAUGUUUGAAUUUGGAUUCUCUGAAGGACAACAGUGUAACCCUAUUCAUAAUGGACUCUCUCAGUCUGACAAGGAUGCUAUACUAGCUAAACACAAUGAAUUGAGAAGCAAGGUUGCUAAUGGAAAACAAUCUGGACAGCCCCCAGCCGCUAAUAUGAAAAAGAUGGUCUGGAAUGAUAAAUUAGCUAAAGAAGCUCAAAAGAUUGCCAGCACAUGUGUUUAUGAACAUAAAGAUGUAACUGUUGGUGGAGCAGAGGCUGGGCAAAAUCUUGCUGUUUCAUCAACCUCAGAAUCAGUAGGGAAAUCAGAUCUUAAACCAUUCUGGGAAUCUGAGGUUCAAAGCUGGUAUGAUGAGGUUACAGAGAACAAUUUCAACAGCAGGAAUAUUAAGCCAUUUUAUUAUGACCCCAAUACUGGUCACUACACACAAGUUGUUUGGGCAGAAAGUUCCGAAGUUGGAUGUGGAGGUGUGUUCUAUGAAGAACCAAGAAAGAACAAUGGAUUGACAAUGUACAGUGCAUAUCUUGUUUGCAACUACUUAGAGGCUGGUAAUAUGAGGGAUGGAUCCAUGUAUAAGGUUGGUAAGGCAUGUAGUGCUUGCUCAGGCUCAUGCAGUAAUGGGCUUUGUGCUUAGCUAGAAAUUAUAAAAAUUUAGAAAAUGUAAACAAAUAAAUAUUUAUGAAAUGAAUAAUACAUUUUUA